AUGCCAGAAGGAGAAACCAUCGUGGGCGGUCAGAUUCCAUCCUUUUGUGUUUUAUGCUAUUAUCAGUGGGAAUUCCAUGCAUGUUCCCUGGCAGUGUGUUUCUUUGAAAACUUGGUUCUAAAUCCAAUAUCAAACUGUGGUUUUUUGAAUUGGGAUGCUAAAGGACAUAAAGCCGUGGUGAAAGAUGAACCACAGAGAAAAUCCUCAAGGUUAUCUACUAAAUCUGCUCCUCCAAAGCCAGAGCCCAAGCCUAAAAAGGCCCCUGCAAAGAAGGGAGAGAAGGUACCCAAAGGGAAAAAGGAAAAACCUGAUGCUGGUAAGGAUGGGAAUGAUCCUGCAGAAAACAGAGAUGUCAAAACAGACCAGGCACAGAAAGCUGAAAGUGCUGGAGAGUCCGAGUGA